CGAUAUUGUACGUAAGAUGUGGGAAGGAGGAUUUUGAUAAUUUUGCAAUUGUUAGUUUCUUCUUCCUAUUUUAAAUGAGUGAGUAAUUUUAAAAAUAUUGCAUGUCGCCUGUCAAAAGCUUUCAGUUUUGCGGAUGGUAAGACCAUACUACUGGCGUAGACCUACGUUUUAUCGCGGAAGUAUUGAGCGGAUCUGUUCACCCAAGCCGAAAGAGGACAUUUCGAAUGGCGUUCGCAGAGUUCAUUGUUCUCUAGGCCACUGAGUAAUUAUUGUUAAUGACUACUUUAUCUAUUGGUUUACGUUGAACGUGUGAUAUUUAUUUAUUUAUUAAAUAUCAAGUUAUUAAAGUGAAGUGGUCGAAAAAGUGUUGGCAGUUCACUACAUUUAUAUUUGGAAUGAGGACUUUCAUAUAGCAAUUAACUCUGGUCAAUAAAGCUGUUUCUAAUAGGCUUCCAGAGCCUAUUAACUUAUGAUACAUCAUGGCCUUUAAAACUUGAUGGAACGAAUUAAAUAAAGAAUAAGUGCAAUGCAGGAAACUGAGUUGAGGAAAUCUCAGCUCAGUAGGGGACAAAGAUCGAUUGUGUAACAUUCAGGAUGGACUCAUAUGAUCUAUUUGGCGAGGAUGUUGGUGGAGGAAUGCUUGAUGGUUUACCAGAUCUUGGUUCUGAGAAUUUUGAACCUUCUCCUCAAACCAGAGAUCCUCAGCCGAAUCCAUCACAAUACUCUUAUGCCCAUCAAAUGGGUGAUAUGCACCAGGAAUCUCCUUUACAAAAGUUAGCAUCGUUUGGUGGAGAGUUUACAUCAAACCAUAUGGAUCCUGGAGGACAAAUAUUUCAUGGAAAUCAUAGUAGUUACCAUGGGGAGCAUCCCCGUGCGAUUCAUCCUAACAGUUCAUCAUCCAAUUAUAACAGAAAUAUGAUGCCUCAGCAUGAUAUAAGGAGACCUCCUAAUUCUCAAUAUGGUUCAUAUAAUGUUCCUGAUAAUAUGUACUCAAUGGACCAAAACCAAGGAAUACAAGAUUGGGGCAGUGGCCAUUUUCCUCCUUCAGUGAGGCACUAUAAUGUUCAACCUAACCAAUAUCGGCAAUCAAUGAACUAUCCUCACCAACAAGAACUAGGAAACCAAAAGUUGAAUCAGAGCUAUCCUGCUAGUCAACAAGGUUUACUAAAUCCCAUGAUGCAUCAAAGCAUGGGGAAUACUUAUCAAAGAAAUCAGCAACAUUAUUCUCAAAGUAUGGUGUAUCCAAGUUCAACAGGAAGUUAUGGGGGCUAUAAUAGUGGUACCAUUCAUCAACAGUCUCAACCUCGUCUACCUCAUCACAUGCAAUAUUCUUCUCAAAAUCAACAAAUGAUUACUGAUCUUAAUACUCCAUCUCAAACUAGCUACAAUAUGCAAUCACACCCAGCAACGAUAGGUGCACAUCAGGGUUUUCAACAAGGUAUGCCUAGACCUAUUGGUGUUGAAGUAGCCAAUGCUGCACAAGGUCAAUAUUCAAAAAAUCAUUCUCAAGGCAGUAGUCCGCAGUAUAGAGCUCCUUUUCCGCAAUUGUCUCCUCAGAUGUCUCCUAGACAACAAAUGUCACCCAGACCACAGAUGUCUCCAAGACCAGUCAUGUCACCAGCUAAACCUAAUAGUAACAUAUCACCUCAUCCCCAUCCUCAGCAAACUUCAACUGUUUCUCCUAGACCACCUACAUCACUAACGCCUAAGACAAAUACUUCACCAGUUUCAUAUUCUCAACAAAGCACAUUGCAACAACUUGAGCAGAUGGUUAUGCCUCAGGUUACAGCCGCUAGUACAGCUGCCAGUACUGAAUUUUCUAAUUAUAGGAGUCAGCAACCUCCACAAUGGCAGCAAAGUUCAAGACAACCCCCUUUGAAUGGAGGAAUUGGGAUUGGAGAACAAGUCACAUCAUUUUCUAAUAUGCAGCACACCCCUGAAGACAGACAACCAGAUUUAAAGCCUAUCUGCCCUACAAAUAAAAUACAGGCAGAUAAUAUGCCAGCAUCUAAAAAUGAAAUACCUAAUGCCAAUGGAAAUAUUGAAUUUCAGGCUCAUCUUAACAGAGAUAAAUUUACUAAUUCUACUUUGUCUUCUGUAAUUAAUACGGAAUCAUUAGAUAUUCCUACUAUACCACCUCAAAUUCCUAAAACACCUCCUCACCAAACCACUGGGCAAGCUAACAUGGGUUAUGUUGAUAAUUUUCAGAAUGGAACCAAAAUUGAAGAGAUUAUUCAUAGCAACCCUGCUUCUGCCAACCAUGAACCAAUUAGUUCUGACAAUGUGCAGACACAAAAACCCUCUUCAGUCCCUUCAUCUCCACAGCAAGCUUCGUUUUCACAAGUUGAUUUAGCUGGGCAAUCUCAGCAGACUGUGCAAGCUGUACCAACUUCUGUUACACCUCCUCUGGUUUCACAUUCAUCUAUUCAGUCUGCUCAAAGAAUUCCUUCAUCAACUCCACUUACUACAUCACAACCCCAAUUACCACAAAUAUCUUCUAUACCAACUUCAGAAGGUGGCGUACCCCUAUCUCCAAAUCUCAACUGUCAUACUAUCUCAGGACCAGCAUCUAACAGUGUUCAUUCUCAACCACCUUCUUACAAUAAUGAUUCAGUUCCAUUAACAUCAUAUCAGCCUCCAAUCAGUCAUCAGCAAGAAAUGGCUGCAUUACAGCAACAGUUGCAGGAAAUAUUUUGUAUGCCUCCAGCUCCAGAGAAUCAAGUCAGGAUAGGGCAUCUGCAAGAGAAAAUAAAAAUGUUGCAACACCAUGAUGCCAAUGAUAAAUGUGUUGGUGGAAGUCAUUGUUUGCUUCAAAGUCCUGUGUGGCACAACCCUCCUAACAUUGAUUCAAUGAUUCAGUUGGGAAGUACCACUACAAAUCGUGGUAAGGGACGUGGAAGGGGAGGUGGCAACACACCAAAAACUAGAAAACCUCGAAAGAAAGCUGAGAAUGAAUCAUCAGCAUUUGAUCCUGCUGUAGAAGAACCUCCUAAAUUGCCUCUUGAAGCAUCAGUUCUGCCUUCUUUAUUGGAACCUCCUGAACAACCGCCUAUGUUGAUUGCUGAAGCGCCACCACAUGUUCCUUCAGAACCUUUUCCGGAUCAAGAGCCAGAAGAUAUUGAGGAGCAGCCGCCUCCUCCACCACCUCCUCCACCUCCUCCGGAACAGUUAAACCAGGUUGAAGAUAAUAGUAUUUUUAAUUUUACAGAAGAUGAAGAACCACCUCCUCCACUGCAUGGAGCUGAUGCAGACAAAAAGAAAGUGAGGAAACCACGUGUUCCUAAAAAGCCUAAGGAAGCGAAAAUCCCAAAGGAGCCUAAACCACCUAGAACUCCUAAAACACCCAAGUCUCCAAGGACUCCCAAAAUACCCAAAGAGAAGAAAAAGAAAAAUGAAUCUCAAAGUUCUACUGAAUCUCCUGAAGAAACUGGAUUAAAAGGAAAAAAAGGACGUAAGAAGUUAAGCAGUGAAGGUGAAGAAAAUCUUCCUCAAGAUAAUGUUUUGCUUGAUAAUUCUAGUAACAAUGAGACAGUUACUAUUGAAACGGUUGAGAUGGGAUUACCUGGUGAGUCUGAAAUUAAAGCUUCAUCUAUUGAAGAGUCAACUCCUUUAGAUGUUGAGCAGGAAGAUCCCGUGAACAAAACAGUAACUAAGAAAGGGAAAAAAGAAAAAAAGACGCCUAAAGCUAGAUCAAGACCAAAUUCUAAAAAUGUUAAGAGAGGAAAGAAAUCGAAGCCUGGGAUCCAUCAAUUAGAGGGAGAAGAAGGAAGCACUGAAAUAUCCCCAGACGGAGCAUCAGGUGCAGCUCCUGCUGCUGGUGUUGAUGACAGCAAUAAACGCCGAUCUGCUCGAAACACCCAACGAAAGAAAUAUGUGGAUGACAUAAUGCUUUCAAUAUCUGAUGAGGAAAGUGGAAAAUCUGGCUCUCCAAAGUUGGAUACUGUUAAGAAUUCUCCUGACAGCGCAUCAACUGACCCAGCGGUGAAACCUAAUUUUGUUUAUAUUAAUACUACUGAUGAAGAUUCUAUGGUAGUUCAAUAUAUUUUGGCUGCUCGGAAUAUUCAAAAAGAAGUAAAAGUUGAAUCUUUAGAAGUGAGUGAUCAAAUUAAUGCAACACCUGAAACUAUCAUAGAAAAUAAAGAAACACUUAUUGAUUCUGAGAAACCAAAAAAUGAAACUAAGUUAGUGGAUGUAGAAGAAUAUUAUGUCAAGUAUAGAAAUUUCUCAUAUUUACAUUGUGAAUGGAAGACUGAAGAAGAACUUUUCAAAGGAGAUAAAAGGAUUGCAGCAAAGCUGAAAAGAUUCAAACAAAAGCAAUCGCAGCAGACUAAUAUAUUUGAGAAUUUAGAAGAAGAUCCUUUCAAUCCAGAUUAUGUUGAAGUUGAUAGGGUUUUGGAUGCUACUGAGCAUACUGAUCCAAAUACUGGAUUAAUACUUAAACAUUACCUUGUCAAAUGGAGAUCCCUUCAAUAUGAAGACAGCACUUGGGAAUUGCAAGAUGAUGUUGAUCCUGCUAAAAUUAGGCAAUAUGAAAUGUUUAGUAAACUUCCUCCAAAGGAACAAUGGAAACCUAAGAAGAAACCAUGUUCUAAAGAGUGGGUUAAGUUAGAAGAGUCUCCUGUUUAUAAAAAUGAUAAUACAUUGAGAGCUUAUCAAUUGGAAGGUCUUAAUUGGCUUCUUUUCUCUUGGUAUAAUGGACGCAACUGCAUAUUGGCCGAUGAAAUGGGAUUAGGAAAAACUAUACAGUCAUUGACUUUCAUUCAUGCUGUUUAUGAAUAUGGAAUUCGAGGGCCUUUUCUUGUUAUAGCACCUUUAUCUACAAUUCCUAAUUGGCAACGAGAAUUCGAAGCAUGGACAGAUCUCAAUGUUAUUGUGUACCAUGGCUCUGCUGCCAGUCGGAACAUGUUGCAAGAAUACGAAAUGUAUUUUCGUAAUGAAAAGGGCAAUGUAAUGAAAGAGCUACCCAAGUUUAAUGUUUUGAUUACUACCUUUGAAAUCAUUAUAACAGAUUUUCAGGAUCUUAAAGAUUUUAGCUGGAGGAUUUGUGUAAUAGAUGAAGCUCACAGGCUAAAAAACAGAAACUGUAAAUUACUAGAGGGCCUUCGAUCCCUUAAUUUGGAACAUCGUGUAUUAUUGUCUGGAACACCACUACAAAAUAAUGUCAAUGAAUUGUUUUCUCUUCUUAAUUUCCUUGAACCUCAGCAAUUUGCAUCAAGUGAAGCCUUUCUGAAUGAGUUUGGGGCUCUCAAGGAUGAAACAGAAGUACAAAAAUUGCAAAUAUUAUUGAAACCUAUGAUGUUAAGACGUUUAAAGGAAGAUGUUGAAAAAACAUUGGCACCCAAAGAAGAAACAGUUGUUGAGGUGGAACUGACAAAUAUCCAAAAAAAGUAUUACAGGGGUAUAUUAGAACGAAAUUUUUCUUUUUUAUCUAAAGGAACUACGUCUGCGAAUGUACCAAAUCUCAUGAACACUAUGAUGGAAUUAAGAAAAUGUUGUAUUCAUCCAUAUCUUCUUAACGGAGCGGAAGAUCAAAUUCAGCAUGAUUUUAAGCAACAGCAUGGAGACGAUCCUGAUUCUUAUUAUAAAGCUCUUAUAAGUUCAUCUGGUAAAAUGGUGCUUAUUGACAAACUGCUGCCCAAGCUGAAAAGCAGCGGGCAUAGAGUUUUAAUAUUUUCUCAAAUGGUUCGGUGUCUAGACAUACUUGAAGACUAUUUAAUGUACAGGAAAUAUCCAUUUGAAAGGAUAGAUGGAAGAAUUCGUGGCAAUUUAAGGCAGGCUGCAAUUGAUCGAUAUUGCAAGCCUGAUUCUGAUCGAUUUGUAUUUUUAUUAUGCACUAAAGCUGGUGGCUUGGGCAUAAACCUAACUGCUGCUGAUACAGUAAUUAUUUAUGACUCUGAUUGGAAUCCACAAAAUGAUUUACAGGCACAGGCAAGAUGUCAUAGAAUCGGUCAACAAAAGAUGGUUAAAGUUUACAGGUUGUUGUGUAGAAAUACUUAUGAGAGAGAAAUGUUUGAUAAAGCAUCUCUUAAACUUGGUUUAGAUAAAGCUGUGCUACAAAGUAUGAAUACAUCUCAAGGUGGCAAAGAAGUUGGAGGUACAAACAAACAGCUCACGAAAAAGGAAAUUGAAGACUUGUUAAAGAAGGGUGCUUAUGGUGCAAUCAUGGAAGAAGAUAGUGCUGCAGACAAAUUUUGUGAAGAAGAUAUUGAUCAAAUUCUUGAAAGAAGAACAACUGUAAUUACCUUGGAAAGUGAAAAGGGUUCAACAUUUUCUAAAGCAAGUUUUGCCUCAUCCGGUAUUCGAGCUGAUAUAGACAUUGAUGAUCCAGACUUUUGGAAAAAAUGGGCAAAAAAAGCCGAUAUUGACACUUCUGAAAGAGAUGAAGGAAAUGAUCUACUGAUGCAUGAACCACGUAGAAGAACUCAGAUCAAGCGAUAUGGCCAUGAUGAAGCUGUAAUGGAUAUGUCUGAUUUAGAGAGCUCAUCUGGUGCAGAGUCAGAUAACGACAAUGAUACAUCAUUAGGUGUAGGAAGAGGGAGAGGGCGUCGGGUCAAGAACAAACUUCAUAAGAAACAUAGAUAUCGGUUUGAAGAUUAUUCUGCAAAAGAUGGUGAUAUAACUUACGGUACAUGGGCUAGAUCAGAAUGUUUCAAAGUUGAGAGAGGACUUCUGACUUUUGGUUGGGGAAGAUGGCAAGAAAUAUUGGCUCAUAAUCAAUUUCGAGAAGGAUGGAAAGAAGCAGAUAUUGAAGAUUGUGCACGUGUGAUAGUAUUAUAUUGUUUAAGAUUCUACAGAGGUGAUGAUAAAAUAAGAACUUUCAUAUGGGACUUAAUUACUCCUCCAGAAUUUGAUACAAGAAAUCACUCUGGGCAGUCACAAACAAUUCCACGAGGAAGAAAAGCUACUCGUAAACUUAAAUGUGAUGGUAUGGAUUUUAGUGAUCAUUGGAGUAGACAUGAAAAGUUUGAUGGUGAUAUUUUCCUUGAAAGUAAUUACAGAAAACACCUGAGCCGCCAUGCAAACAAAUUGCUACUGCGAGUGAGGAUGCUGUACUAUAUCAAACAUGAAAUAAUUGGUGAUUUAGUCCAACAUAUAUCGGAGGGUACUCAUGUCAGCUCAUUGCCGAUGUGUGCGCCUCACUGUGACCAGAGCACUUCCCCGGCCCCAUGGUGGGACAGGGAUGCUGACAAGUCCCUCGUCAUCGGCACAUACAAGCACGGGUACGAGUCCUACUCAGAGAUGAGAAGAGAUCCUGCCCUUGCCUUCCUAGCCCUCGUUGGACCUCCACCUCCAGUCUCACUUGAGGAGAGAAUGGAGUGCAAGUUGAGCGAUGAAGAUGACGAGUCUGAAACUACUGGUCUUGGAAUUAGCGACGACAUUUCUCAAGGGGAUCCAUCAGAAGAACCACCAGGAAGUGCUGCUAGAGCAGAAGGUGGAGAUGAAGAUCCCUCUAAACCUCAGUGGCCUUCCAUGGGUGAUCUUAAUCAAAGACUGAGAAGAGUUAUUAAUUCCUAUCAGAGAAAUUUCAAAAAAGAAGAGCUUAAACAAGCUCAAAAAGCAAAACAAGCAUUGAACAUUGGAGAUGGCCAAAAUGCUUUAGAUAUUUCUACCCUAAUGGCAGCUAGAGGAGAUUGGCACCAACUGGCUAUGUAUUUAUGGAAAAUCGAGCGAAGAGAAAAAUUUGAACAAAUUGUAAAAGAAAGAGAGAGACAGAGACAAGAAAUGAGUCAACGUAAAUGGUCUAAACGAGAGGAACAAGAUUUUUUGAGAACUAUUUCAACUUAUGGAGUAGAAUAUGAUAGGGCGAAAAAGAAAUUUGAUUGGACUAAAUUUCGAGCUUUGUCAAGACUUGAUAAGAAAUUUGAUGAUUCAUUAACCGAGUAUUAUUUAGCUUUUUCAGGAAUGUGUAAACGAAUAUGUGGUAUAAAACCAACAGCUGAAGAAGAAACAACCGACUUGGUAUUAGACCCACUGCCAGAUGAUAGAGCCAAAAGGAUACUAGAAAGAAUUUCAUUGCUAAGUAAAAUCAGAGAAGAAACAUUGUGCCAUCCUCAACUUGAUGAAAGGCUAAAUUAUUGUCAACCAUCUGCUGAUAUUCCUGAAUGGUGGAUUCCUGGGAAACACGACAAAGAUCUUCUCCUUGGAGUAGCUAAGCAUGGUCUUGGACGAACUGAUUUUUUCAUUUUAAAUGAUCCUGAACUGUCAUUUCAUGACGUGACUAAAAGAAAUAUUAUAAAUUUGAAAAAUGAAGUAAAACUUGAAAGGCCCGAAGAUAUUUUAUCAACAGACAAAACUGAAAUAGUGGUUAAAUUAGAAAAAGGUGAAGGUACUUUAAAAAUAGAAAAAAUUGCCGUUAAACAGGAAGAAAAUGUUGAAUGUAAGAGUGAAGAAAAUUCCGAAGAAACGAGUAAAAAACUAUCAGAAAUCAGUAGUGAACUUAGUGCACAAAAGAAAACCGAAAGUAAUAUUGAAGAAACUCCUGAUGAAGAAUCAAAUACCAAAGAAAAUUCAACCAUUGAAGAAACAGCAGGUGAUUGUGAUAAAAAUGAAGAAAUUACUUGUGAUUCCAGUACGAAAUUGAUUGACAAAGAAGUUUCUGCUGCAAUGGAAUUAGAUAACUCAUCUGAAGUAAGUGUGAUGGAGAACCAGGAUAAUAAAUCAAAUAAUGAAACAGAAGAAUUAUCUAAAUCUGAGGAGGAAGAAAAAACUGUUGUGGUGGAUAAUGAAGCAUCAAGUAAUAAUGAUGAUCAGAAUUCUUCUGAUACAAAGAAAGGUGAUUGCCUCAUAAAGCCUGAUGAAAGUGAGAACUUAAGUAAAAUAGACACUGAGAAAUCAGAAAAUGUGAAUGAAGCUGAAGUUAAGGUAACAGAAGUAAAUGAUGAAAAUAAGAAAGUUACUUCAAAGUCUGAAACUAUGACAUUUAAAGCUGAAGAUGUUGAAGGUAUAGAAAGAUUUAAAGCCAUGUUUCCUGAGCUAGAGGUUAUGCAAAAAUUGCCAGAAAUUGAUACAACUGUAGUCACAGAUAAGACAGCCUUACCAGUUCCCCGAACUUCCCUUGAUUCUACUGUAGCUCAAUUGAUUGCACAUAGUUAUCAGAAUCCUAUCAAAUGGCCAAAGGAACACGCUAUUCAAGUUCGGUUAGAACAUAUUGUGCAUUGUGUUGAACAUAAGGAAUGGCCAGUUUCUAAAAAUUUUACAGCAUAUUCUGAAGACCAGAAUCAACAUGUUGAUGACAUUUUACGAGGGUAUAGUGAACCUUCUGAGGUAAUAACUAUUACAACUGACCACGGUGGAUCUAAAAGUCAUGCUUUGCCAAGCUCAAAGCGAAAGAGGCAUAUUGCGAUUGAUGUAGAAACAGAAAGAGCUAAGUUGCAUGCAUUAUUGAACAACACAAAUCUUCAACUGCAACAUCCAAUGAAGCAUUCCCCUAGUACACCUUGGGAUCAUACAGAUGAAUCUCUCUCCGAAGAAUCAAGGCGAUCUACACCUCUUACUGCACUUCAGCCUCCUCCUGCUCAUCAAGGUUCCAUGCCCACCCCAAGGAUGGUUUCAAUGCAACAAUCUUAUGACAUAAAAUACCAUCAAACUUCUGAAAAAUCUACCCCAUCUGUACCAUCAUCACCUGGAACUAUGGCUCCAAUUGAUCUUUCCUCAGGAUCUCUGAAAGGAGCUAGUGGUAACUUAGACAACAAUGCUCAAACUGUAAGUGCAAAUAAUUAUAUGGAAGAGGUUCAAGAUUUCUCUAUGCCAAAUAAAAAACAAUCGCAACAGCAACAUCAAACUCCACACCAGCAAUCAAGUAAAGGAAAAUUAGAUGAUAUGCUGAACAAAUUGAUGCAAAAGAAGAAUUGUCCUGUUGAAGAGCCAUUGGUUGGCAAAGAAAAAAAAAGAAGGAAGCUAGAUGAAAUUGUGCUUGGGUUAUCUGCUGCUAAAGAACAAAUGUCAGAAAAGAAAACUGUUCCUCCUAGUGUAACUCUAACACUUUCAAACAAACCUCCAUCACGUGGUCCUCCUUCAUCUAAUAGUAGUCCCUCACCCUCCAAUAAACCUCCUGAUACCUCUUAUUUGGCAGAGCAGCAUAGUUUACUUUUAAAGCAGCAACAGCAACUUCAACAACAGAUACUUCAGCAACAGCAAGCUUUAAAAAUGUCUCAACCUACAACAGCAGCUGCUGCGCAAGUGCAACGGAAAACAUAUGAAGCUAUGAUAGCUGAUAUUUCCAAAGUCGCUGAUUUUUCAGCCAAAAUUAGCUCAUAUUCCCAUGAAGCUAAGGUUAACAAAUGGCUAGCAGAACAAAGUGGAGUUAUGCCUGAACAACCAUUGUCAGCUGAUUUCUUGACACCUAGAAGAAGGAGACCUAGGGUAGAUCCCACCUUAUUAGACUGGAAGAAAUUAACUGGUGAAGAAAAUGUAUCUGUGAUAAAUAGAAUAACUGGUAAAAAGUUGACUGGUUCCAAGGCUCCACAGCUCAAACGCCUUGCACAAUGGUUACUGGAAAAUCCAAUGUUUGAUGUUGAUCCUAAAUGGGCAGAACUUGUUAAGGAGAGAGGAAAUUUACCUCACGAUCUUCAGAAACGGCUACCUCCUGGUGAUAGAAAGAAAGGACCAGGCAGACCACCACUACUUUCAAGCCCACCUGGAGCCUCACCUCCAGUCAGUACACCUUCUAAUUUACCUUUUCCAUCACUCAGUGGAAUCAAUCCUUCAUCCUUGCUCAGCGGUCUCUCUAUUGGAGGAUUUGAUCCGAAAAACCCACUUUUACUGCCAUUUGGUGGUAUGCCUAACAUGAGUGUUUUAAGUAGUAUGAGUGGGCUUGGCAAUGUUAAUUUAACAAGUUCACUUUUUGCAAACCUUGCUGGACUAGGUUUACCAGGUUUGUCAGGCAUGGAUCCUAAUUCACAGGCAAUGACUGAUAGUACAACUUCUGUUACAAAUGUUGGAGCAAGUACUUCUAAGCAAGCAGCCAAAUUAAGAAAACCUGAUACUCCUUCAAAAACACCUGUAUCAUCGGCCUCAUCUAAUUUACCAAGUUCACUUCCAUUUUUUUUUCCCAACCCUAAUUUAUUGUAUUCACCAUUAGGCUUAGGAGGACUCAAUCCAUUUGCACCUGGAAGUACAAACACUUAUGACAGCCUUGCUCUUCUGAAUGGAACUCUAGGUUGCAACACUUCUGUUGCCUCUUCAACAGCAAAUAGAGGAGGAAUAAAGACAACCAAUGCUAGUUGUACAUCAUUAGCUAGUAGAACCUCAUCUACAAUUACUAAUUCAUUAUGUUCUACUCAGUCAUCAUCUUCAACUAACCAAAGAACAGGAGCAAGAACACCACUAUCACAACAGUUCAUGCUACCUCAAGAUACCCAUCUUUUAGAAAGUUUAUCAAGAGCAGCAGCAUCUGCAACCAAGGGAAGAGAGAAGCAGCAGCCAUUUAUUAAAUCCAAAGAUGUUGAUAGUCUUCGUAAUUUGAUGGCAGGAGUUCCUGGUUAUACAAAUAAAAUUAGGGAACAAGAAAUGAAAGAAACUUUAGAAUCAUUAAGUAAGAGUCCCACAGAGCUAUUUAUGAGGAUAUCACAGUCCCAAGAAUCUUCUAAAGAAGAUAAAGGUGCAAAGAGAACAAGAGAAUCUACGCCAGUACCUGAAGAUCAUUCAAUUAAUAAAAAAAUGAAGAGUGAUGUAGAAGAAUCAAUAAAUGAAGAAAUAACCCUGAAGACUCCAACUCUUACAACUAUCCAAGAACAACCUCCUGAUCCCCCUCCUCAUUUAGAUCCCACACCUGAAGAUGUAGGUGAAAAAGAAGAUAUAGUUGUUGGAAAUGAAGACAGCACUACUGAUUCUAUGAAAGAAGAAGAAGGAAGUAAUAAUAAUAUAAAUAGUAAGAAAAAAAAGGUCAGGGCGAAAAAAAGCCCAAUUAGUGAUGUUGUAGAAAGGAAAAAUCUUAGAAGCAGUGCUGGAAGGGCUGCUGCAGCAGCAGCUGCUCGACAAAGAGCAGCUUCUCUUGAGCAGCAGCAAGAACAGCCACCCUUAACAGAGGCAUAAUGGCCCCAUUCCACUUUUGUUUCUUGCAAAAGAGAAAUAUGUGUCUUUAUGGUAUGCACAUAUAUUUUUGCCUCUUUUCCAUGGUCAAAUUAACACAUUAUGCCUUGUCUGAAGAAAUAAUUCAUUAUAUAACAGGAUUUUGUAUAUAUUUUUAAAGAUAAAUUAAAGUCUGUUUAUAUGGUUCAUAAUUUACAUGGAAAUUAAUUGAAGUGAAAGUAGGUAAAGUGUGCUGUUAAGAAACACUGGUGCAUUAGAUUGAAAUUAUGGUUCUUUAGAACACUGAACUAUAUAGCUUAUAGUUCAAUGUUUUUACAUUACGCUUAUUUCAUGACCAACAGCAAAAGACUUACAAAUUUAUGAAAAUAGAUUAUACAGCACAAAAAUUAUUUAUUAUCUUAUCAAUUAAAAUUUCAUAAUUUUUAAAAAACUUAUGUUUAUGUAUAUACUAAUGUAAUUUUAUUGCUGUAGUGUCUAUUUUCUAAAAUAAAUUAUUUUUUGUCCUUACAAAUUUAAUGUUAUUCUUAUAGUCAGUUUUUGUUACUAUGCUUUUUAUUUUUAUGUUUUAUCUGUUAGUUUGCAUUUGUGUGUUUUUAAGUGUUUUACGCUGUUGUGUUGUGUUAGCUUGAACAUGAACAAGUAAUGCACUAAUUUGUUUUUUCAACCAAUUGUUUGUAUUUGUAAGAGUCUAAACUGUGAUAGCAUUCACUUUUGAAUCGACUUGGUAACAUUUGUUGAUUUUGCUAUUUGUAUUUUUUGUACUUUUUUUUUAAUUGGAACCUUGGUCAGAUUCCUUUGAUUCCUUUUUAAUUUUAUUUGUAUUUUAGUUAUUUGUGAUCUGGAUAUUAUUCCCAUGUGUUAAAAAGCCUGAUAAUAAAUAAGGAAGUAGUUCUAUUGAAAAUAAGUUGUGUGCUGUCACAGUAUUUUUAGUAUUUCAACAUUAAUUUGAACAAAGACAGCUCCAUCUUAUAUUUCGAUUUAGUUAUAAUCCCAUUGUAUAAAUACGGUGUGUAAAAAAAUUAAAUGACAAAAAGUAAAAAAACAAUUAAAAGCAGCUUGUAAAUAUAAAUUAAAAGCUUCUUAGCCUAAAAUUAUGUGUAUAUGUGAACGUAUGACUUGUAAAGUGAAUUAGAACAAGGUGAAGGGGACAGAUAUUUAAGUCUCUGCUCGUAGUAGAUUAGAACAUUGUAAAUAAAAAGCUUAGUCUUUUAGAGUAAAUGCCGUGCGACUAAGACUGGGAUGUAUUUAUCAAUUAUCAUCGUCGGCAUUGUUUGUGCAUUUAAUUAUCAAGAAGGAAGUGUGUGAUGCAUAUUAUCAAGAAAAUUUUAUACAUCACAACAAUAGUGGUGGCAUCCCUGUUGUAAAUUGUAUUAUAUAAGUUCAGAAUUGUUCCAUGUUUUCUCAGAUAUAUUAUUCAUAUUGCAACUCUUAUUUUACACAACCACCACAGUUAAGACUAAGUUUUAUGCUUCAGCAUCAUAAUUAUGGAUACGUAACUGAAGCAUAAUUUUUAGUCUGAAUAGAGGUAUUACAUAAGUAUUAUAUCAUUAAUUUUAUGUAGCUUAGGUCAUUACAUUUCCUGCUUAAAUAAAUAGUUUAUUCUCCAAACCAAAUGAAGAUUAGAUUAAAAUCUAAUUAAUAUUUAUUAUUGAUUUUCAAAGAGGCAUUGUUUCAUUUUUAUUUAUUUUGUAAGUUAUAAAGUGUGCCUACCUUAUAAAUAUAAAGUACAAUCGAAAAAUGUAUUAUUAACAUGUUAUGUUCUAAAUUGGGACAUGUUAUGUAUAGUGAAUGAAAAUUUGUUAAUAAAAUUACAUCAUACAUAAUUGUCACUUUUCUUGCACAAGCUAGAGUCAUACUCAUUGUUUUUGUGUCAUUAAAAAAUAAAGCCUCUUUCUUAAUAAAAAUUACUUUCAAAUCAUGUAGUUAUACUCCUUUUCUGUUAUUUAUCUGGAACUUUUUAAACAUAUUUUUACUUUUUUUAUAUAUAUAUAAAUAAAUAAAUAUAUGCAUAAAAAUUUAUAUAUAUAUAUAUAUAUAUAUA